CUCUGUCCAUAAACUUUGGCAACUCUUGUAAUAUGUCCACAGUCUCUGGUAUCUCCUGUACUGUAGUAUGUCCGCAGUCUCUGGUCAUCUCCUGUACUGUGUCCGCAGUCUCUGGUCAUCUCCUGUACUAUGUCCGCAGUCUCUGGUCAUCUCCUGUACUGUGUCCGCAGUCUCUGGUCAUCACCUGUACUAUGUCCGCAGUCCAUCUCCUGUACUGUGUCCGCAGUCUCUGGUCAUCUCCUGUACUAUGUCCGCAGUCUGGUCAGCUCCUGUACUGUGUCCGCAUUCUCUGGUCAUCUCCUCUACUAUGUCUGCAGUCCAUUAGUUCAGAAUUUUUUUAGUUUUCCUCCUCUAAAAUCUAGGUGCGUCUUAUGGUCAGGUGCGUCUUAUGGAGCGAAAAAUAUGGUAAUUAUUCAAUGCAAACUGACCCAUCCAUCCAUGUCUCCAUGCUUUAUU